CAGACCAGGAAGUGAACGAGGAAGUGCAGCACACGGUGUACGGUCCGGUGUCCGGGAGAGAAGAGUGGGGGAGGGGGCUGUACGGUAUACCGGAGGCUGCGGAGAGUCCGGGCUGAACACCGCACAUGACACACCAGGAUGCACCCCAGUGUAGGACCAGCUGGCCUCCGCCUUCACAAACACAGACCUGUGGACCCUGGGAGAUGAAGGAGCGUCUCGGGACCGGGGGAUUUGGUUAUGUCCUUCGCUGGCAUAAUAAGGAAACCAAUGAAGAAGUGGCCAUCAAACAAUGCCGACAGGAGCUGAGUCCUAAGAAUAAGGAGAGAUGGUGCUUAGAAAUUCAGAUUAUGAAAAAACUGAAUCACAAGAAUGUGGUUUCUGCCCGUGAGGUGCCUGAAGGUUUACAGAGACUGGCACCCAAUGAUCUUCCUCUUCUGGCUAUGGAGUUCUGCUUGGGAGGAGACUUGCGCAAGCACUUGAAUCAAUAUGAAAAUUGUUGUGGACUGAAAGAAGGAGCGAUCCUUACUCUCCUGACUGAUAUCUCUUCAGCUCUCCGGUAUCUCCAUGAGAACAGAAUAAUCCACAGAGAUCUGAAGCCAGAAAACAUUGUGCUGCAGCAAGGAGAGACCAGGCUGAUUCAUAAGAUAAUAGACCUGGGAUAUGCCAAGGAACUGGACCAGGGAAGUUUGUGCACCUCUUUUGUGGGUACCUUACAGUAUCUGGCCCCAGAAUUAUUGGAACAGCAGAAAUACACUGUCACCGUGGAUUACUGGAGUUUUGGCACCCUGGCAUUUGAAUGUAUAACAGGAUUUCGUCCUUUUCUUCCUAACUGGCAGCCAGUGCAAUGGCACGCAAAAGUACGAGAGAAAAGCAAUGAACACCUUGUGGUGUACGAAGACCUAUUGGGAGCAGUGAAGUUCUCCAGUGUUCUGCCAACACCCAAUAACCUUAACAGGAUCCUGGCUGGUAAACUAGAGCGUUGGCUUCAGUGCAUGUUAAUGGGACACCCCAGACAAAGGGGCACAGAUCCUCAAAAUCCAGAUGUUGGCUGUUUCCAAUCCUUGGAUGCCAUUCUUAACCUCAAGCUUCUCUCUGUACUGAACAUGGUGACUGGCCGUGUACACAUGUAUCCUGUUGCUGAAGGGGAGACACUACAGUCUCUGAAGACCCGCUUACAACAGGACACUGGAGUUCCAGAGGAUGAGCAAGAACUAUUACAGGCUUCAGGGCUGGCCCUGAAUCCCCACCAACCUCUCGUACAAUAUGUGGCAGACAGCAUGGUCAAUGAUGGACGGCAGGGGGAAUGUGACUUGAUAUUUCUCUUUGAUAAUCGGAAAACAGUGUAUGAACCCCAAAUUUCACACCGACCUCAUCCUGACAGUGUCGCCUAUGUUUUGCAGGAACCCAAACACCCCCUGUCCUAUGUGCAACUCCGCAGAGUGUGGGGGCAGAUCUGGCAGACAAUACGAAUGUUGAAAGAGGACUGUGCCAAGCUGCAGAUGGGACAACGUGCCACUAUGGUUAACCUACUACGAUACAAUACUGAGCUUUCCAAAAAGAAGAAUCUGAUGACCUCAGAGUGCGAGCAGUUAAAGGCUAAAUUGGAUUUCUUCCGCAGCAGUAUUCAGAUUGAUCUAGAAAAGUAUAGCGAGCAGAUGGAGUUUGGCAUCACCUCUGAAAAGCUGCUGUCUACUUGGAAAGAGAUGGAGCAGGCAGUUGAGCUGUGUGGAAGGGAGCAGGAAGUCCAGCAAUUAGUGGAGAAAAUGAUGGCCUUGCAAACAGACAGUGUGGAUCUGCAAAGAAAUCCUCUGGGCAGGAGGCAUCGUGGGACUCUGGAUGACAUAGAGGAGCAGGCCAAAGAACUUUACAAGAAACUACGAGAGAGGCCAAGAGAUCAGAGGACUGGAGGGGACAGCCAAGAGAUGGUGCGCUUGCUUCUCCAGGCUAUUCAGAGCUUUGAGAAGAGAGUUAUUUUAAUAUACGACCAGCUCAGUAAAACAGUACUGUGUAAGAGAAAAGCUCUGGAGCUUUCUCCUCGGGUGAAGGAGGUUAUGAACUUGAUGAGAGAAGAUGAGAAGAAAGUGGUAAAGAGACAAGAGAAGAGGCAGCGGGAGCUCUGGGACCUACUCAGGAUUGCUUGUAGUAAAGUUCGGGGUCCAGGAAUCACCCCUCCUGUUCAGGAGACUGUGAAGAAAAGUGAGGAUCUUCUUUCAGAGUCCCGUAGAUUGUGUGGGGACUUGGAGUCUUCUGUGAAAAGUUUAAUAACAGAGCCGGACUCCAGUUUAAUGUCAUUUGAUUGGUCUUGGCUGCCUCCGCAGGAAGAGGAAUCAGGAGGUGGAUGUCAAAUCGCAGCAACGUGAGGCUCUCAAGCAAAAGCAAAGAAUUACAAGCAGACACUUGUGCCUUUUUAACAUGUACACGUCUCCCUUAGAUAGCCAAGGCAGGCAUUUAGAUCUAAGGUUUCGCCUAUCAGUUCCUCAGAAACCAAUCGGCUCAUACUAUCUUUCUUAUGUUAAGGACAAAGAAAUGGAAAGGUGAUUAAUUGCAAUGGGAAACCCAGGCAGGUUGUUAUUCAAGCCUUUUUCUUUUGUACAGUAGAGUUUAGUGCUCAGAACCUGACAAUGGCAGUCUUUGCCACGGGGUUUGCAGUGCUAAAAAAAAAAAAAAAAAAAAAA